AAAGCAGACUUUGUCUCCAGGGUAAAGUACAACAACAAUCUACCAGACAUUCCUUUUGAUGCCAAGUUUAUUGCCUAUCCUUUUGAGUCAAACCGGUGAGUAUAAUAUUUUAUUAGAAGGCUUAAAUUGUGUGUUUUAAGUCUGUCGUUUUUCUUGUAGAGACGAUGAUGAUAAAACUUAGACUCUCUUUUCAAUUUAACAGAUUUGUGGAAUACAAGCCAACCUCACUUGAGAAAAACUACAAACAUGAAAUGUUGACAGAGGUUGAUCUUGGGGUCAAUAUUGAUCUUAUUGACCCUGAUACAUAUGCCCUGGAUCCUAAUGGUGAGGAGAUAAUGAUGAUGAUAGUGAUGAUGAUGAUGAUAAUGAUAAUGCUGAUAGUGGUGAUGAUGUUGAUGAUGAUGAUGAUGAUGAUGUUGAUGAUGCUGAUGUUGAUAGUAAUGGUUAUAAUACUUAAGGGAACACCAAAAAUGCGAAGAUUUAGUGGGUGGCUUGCUUAUAUACAUGUAAAGUGGUUGCUUACGAGAAUGGGACCACAGGGGCCCCUUCCGAGAAGAGGCACACAUCAACGUUUGGCAGAGAAUUUGUUGAGAAGUUAUGAUAUGUGUAGUUCUACUUGUAUGUUGUCUCUGAAAGCUUUCCAUAUACUCCAUAUACUAGUGGUGUAGUACAUGUAAAUACAACGAACAAAGAAACCACGCCAUGCAAAAGCAAGUGGUCACUUAUAUGAGAUUUAAAACAAUGAAAAACUAUUAAAACGUUAAGGGUAAAAAGUGGUCUCGGUUGCUUGUGAGAGAUGGUCGUUUAAAAGAGGUUUUUAAUAUACAAGUGCUUUGGAGCUUUAAAGCCACGUGCAAAUGGAUGCAACAACUCAAAACAUUGUUGGGCACUGUAAGCUGGUGCAAGUCAAAUUAGAGUGCUCAAUCAUAUUUUCAGCCAGACAGUGAUUUGGUCUGACCUUUUCCUUUUGAAGUUUACUUGUUUUCUUGUUGUUGUAUUGCAGUUUCCCUUGACCCUGAUGAUGAAAAGUUACUGGAAGAAGAACCAAUAAACUUACCAGAUAAGAAACGGUAUGAAUAC